UCCACUUUCAGGUGAGGAAUAAGGCUCUGUCUCUGUUCCCUGCUCUGUGUCCUCAGUGGGACUGGCCUUGUGAUCAAAAUGAGUUUUACCUGCAAGCAAAGGCUUUUAGCUGCUGCUGGGGAGGGCAGGGUGGCACUAAAGCAGUAGCUGUGGGCUUAGUCUGUGCUGGCUGCACCAAAUGACCCUGGGCAGAGGAAGGAGGAGGGAGGUGCCCCUCCAGGUGGGACACAACUGCUAGGCAAGUGCCUCACCAGGGCAUCUUCCUUGGGCUGGGCUUUGAAAUGGGAGAAUGUACCAAGGCCCUGCCUAAGUUUGCCCUGUUCAGGUCAAGCAGAGGGAGGCCUCCCUUGUCUCAUUUUUUACUGCUUGUUUUUUUCUUGAGGUCAGGCGUGGGAAGGAAGCUUUCUGCUAGAAGGAGAAAAAAAGAAGAACUGUUUGAAUGUGCAGCUCUGCUGAUGCAUGAUGGGAGCAUCCUUGUCCAAAAGAAAAUAGCCUAGAAGACAAAGUUGUCCCCAAAGAGACAGUGAAACCUAAUCAAACAUCAUCAGUGUAGACUUGCCCAGAACGAACAGGAACAGAAUAUUAAAUUGAUAGGGGAGCAGAAGGAAACCUAUCUUCACCACUUUUCUUUGCCUUACAAAGCAAGAUGGGAAGAGCCAAUUGAUUUUCCUGUGGCUGGGAAUGCUUAAAAUCUGUAUUGAAGGGAAAGGAAGAGCUGAGUUGCAUGGACUGGCAGGCUAGAGGUCAUCCACCCCUGGAAUAUCAGUCAGUGCUUUAAAAUCCCCCUGCACUCCUGGAGUAGUCAUCAGGUUAAAAAAGAGACGUGGAAAGGAAUGGAAAAAGAAGGCUCUCUGCUAGCAAGGCUGUGCUUGGAGGAUAAAGCAAGCCCCAGGAUUUGCUGUGGAGGUGUUGUGCUGCCCACUGCUCUCAGGUACUGAAACUGCUGUGGUGAGCUGCAGCACUUUGAGGGUGAACUCACUAAAUGCAAUUCUAGGAGCACCCAGGGGCCUGAGGGAAAAAAACAGUCUGGGCUUUUAGGUGCUUCAGGUUUGGCUGUUGCCAUUCCCGUCUUUUCUCUCUCCUGAUGAAGGGCAGGGAGCAGGUGUAUGGAGAGUGCAGGAGGACCACCUACCUACCUCUCAGCAGGGAAAAUGGGUAGUAAAAGGCCCCCAGCCAAAAAUUCCAACGGAAAACUCCUGCCAAGGCUGUGCUGUGCUGUUUUGUUCAUGAGAACAAGGCUGUUUUCCUAGGACAGACUGCUGGGGUUGGAGCACCUCCUGUCUUAGCUGAGCCUCAGUGCAGGCUGUAAGAGUCAGCUCUCAUCAGGGUUCUGCUGAUUGCUUCCUUCACCCCUUGGCCACUGUUCUGCCUCUCUGUCCCUCAUGUGACAUCGAUGUGAGCUGAAUUAAAGUAGUUGUCAUCUUUUCUCAGGCUACAGACUGGGCUUGGGUGAAAAGCUGUGGUCUCUCUAAGACAGUUUGAGGCUUACAGCCUGCAGGCCUUUGGCAAGAGCCUCUCUUUGAGACCAGUGGUGGCCCCACACACCAUCAGUGAGGGCAUGUGGGAGCCAGCCUAUCAGCACAGGUGGAAAUGUUAAGCAGGCAGUAGCUACUGCCAAGCCCUGAGGAACAAAAAGCAUCCUUGGGCCCUGCUUGGGUCAAGUGGCCAUGGGGCACGGACACAGAGGGCCAAGGCAUCCUUGCUCAGCCCCUUGUAUCCCCUCCCACCAGCAUGUAAUUGCACACUUGUGGACAACACAUCCUCACUUCAGCUACCUCCACAGCCCACAGCUUUGACCCAGCCCAGACACCAGAGGCAGAGCUGUGGAAAAUGCAGAUCAUAGAACUGAAAAUUUUGGAUGCCUCCUCCUUGGAGGUGUUCAAGGCCAGGUUGGACCUGGGACAGUGAAAGAUGUCUCUGCCCAUGGCAGGGUGGUUGGAGCUGGAUGAUCUUUAAAGUGUCUUCCAACCCAAAUCAUUCUGUGAUGAAUGCUCACAGCAGUGUCCCAGUGAAAUUCCCCACUGGCUUCAGUGAAAACACCAACCAGUCCUUCCAGAGAGGCUGGAAGCAGGAGCAGCACUGAACCCUCCCCAGUGGAUUUGGACAGCGUGCAGCACUGGGUAAGUUUUCCCUCUUCCAGCUGUAAAAGCAGAAGUCAGUUGUGUUCCAGAGAGCAAAGCAAGACCUGGACUGAAAAGUGACUCCACUGAAACUUUGGGGCACUGCCUUUGAACGGCGCUUUAAGCCUCGCACUGUUUAAUGCUAAUGCUGUAACAUUAUAUAGAUGGGCUUUUUUUCCCCCUCACACAAAGGAGGAAGGGGCUCAAUUCUUCUGGGGCUUGCUUUUUUUUUCUCCCUUCAACGAAAAGCGAUGCUGAGCAGCACAGCCCUGAGCUCAGCUCUGGCUCACUGACAUUUCCAUCUGAAUCCAACCUGAAGGGGGUGAAGAAAGAGACUUCUCUCCUUCUCCAGGCCAGAACCUGAUCUCCAGAUUAGUUUGCUGGUUAUCAAUAGAAGCAAUAGUUGUGAUUGCAACUCAACACUCCUCCAGCCCUGCAACAGCCCUGAAGGAAACUGACUUUUGAAUUGCAAGAGCGAGGGGACUGAGGCAGCGUUUCAGUCAUCAGCUGGACUUGGCAAAGGAGGACCGGCAUGCAUUCGCCAUUGACAUAGGAUUUCUCCCUGCUCUACCAAGAUUGGUCUAAAAUUUCAGACCAGAUUGCUCCUCUAGUCUACAAACCAGGAUGAACAAGCAGUUGUUUCUCAGAGCCUGGGUGGCCCUUUUGGUGCUAACUGUACAGCAACGAGCUCACUCCAUGGCAAGUCUGUAUCCAUUCUGGCAGAACGACACAAGAACACCCAAAGUUGAUGAUGGAAGCUCUCCUGAGAUCAAGAUCUCAGUCCCAUUCAUCUUUUUUGGAGCCCCAUACAGAAGCAUUUAUGUGAACAACAACGGGGUGAUCUCCUUCAACGCCCUGGUCAGCCAGUUCACGCCGGAGGCCUUCCCGCUGGCCGAUGGCAGAGCCUUCCUGGCGCCCUUCUGGGCGGAUGUGCACAAUGGCAUCCGCGGGGAGAUCUACUACAGGGAGAGCACCGACCCCGAGCUGCUGAGGAGAGCCUCCAAGGACGUCCGCAAGCACUUCAAAGACAUGUCCUACUUCUCUGCUCUCUGGAUCUUUAUCGCCACCUGGGAGGAAGUCACUUUCUACGGUGGCAGCAGCACGACUCCGGUGAACACUUUCCAGGCUGUCCUGAUCACGGAUGGAGUGUCAUCUUUUGCCUUAUUUAACUACCAUGAGAUCAGCUGGACCACAGGGACAGCCAGUGGAGGGGACCCCCUGACUGGUCUCGGUGGGGUGAUGGCCCAGGCUGGCUUCAAUGGUGGAAAUCUCACCAACUUCUUUAGCAUGCCAGGCUCCAGAACCCCAGACAUAGUCAACAUUGAAGAAACAACCAAUGUCAACAUCCCUGGGCGCUGGGCUUUCAAAAUAGAUGGCAGGGAAAUAGAUCCAGCCAAUGGCUGCAGCCUGAGAGGGCAGUUUCUCCGUCAAGGGGAGAUCUUCUGGGACAAUGCCAACUGCACCACCAAGUGCCGCUGCCUGGACUUCAAGAAUGAGAUCUUCUGCCAGGAGCUGGCCUGUGGCCCCUUUGAGGCGUGCGAGCUGAAGACCAAGUUCUUUCAGUGCGUGCCAGUGGAGAGCAGCACCUGCGUGGUGUUCGGAGAUCCACAUUACCACACCUUCGACGGCUUCCUCUUUCACUUCCAGGGUUCCUGCUCCUAUCUCCUCGCCAGGCAGUGCUGGCCAGGCUCCCAGCUGCCCUACUUCAACGUGGAGGCCAAGAAUGAGAACCGAGGCGGCUCCUCUGUCUCCUGGCUGAGGGAUAUUUUUGUGGAGGUCUACUCACAUAGGAUUGUCCUCCCCAAGGGCAGCUUUGGAAAAGCAAAGGUGGAUGACUUGGUGGUGUCUCUACCCAUCUCUCUGGACCUGGGUGCAAUAAAAGUCUACCAAAGCGGCUUGUCCACAGCCCUAGAGACUGAUUUUGGCCUGCUGGUGACUUACGAUGGAGAACACUACGCCUCUGUCUCUGUUCCGGGCACAUACAUCAAUGCCACGUGUGGCCUCUGUGGGAAUUACAACAAGGACCCCGAGGACGAUACCCUGCGCUCAGACGGGAGGUUGGCCGUGUCCGUGCCAGAGCUGGGCGAGAGCUGGCAGGUGCCGCACCCCGAGCGGAGAUGCUCGACCGGCUGCUUGGACAACUGCACUCUCUGUGACGCUGCCACCGAGGCUCUCUACUUCAGCCCCGACUACUGCGGCUUUCUCAACAAGAGCGGCGGGCCACUGUGGGAGUGCACUGCCGUCGUGGACCCCACUGCCUUCGUCCACAGCUGUGUCUACGACCUCUGCAGUGCACGGGACAACGGCACCGGCCUGUGCCAAGCCAUCCAGGCGUACGCCGCGGUGUGCCAGGCCCUGGGCAUCUCGGUGGGCGAGUGGCGCACCCAAACGGGAUGCACGCUGGCUGUGCAGUGCCCAGAGCUCAGCCACUACUCGGUGUGCACCAGCAGAUGCCCUGCCACGUGCUCAGACCUCACGGCCCCUCUAGCCUGCACCUCUCCGUGCGCCGAGGGCUGCGAGUGCGACGAGGGCCAUGUGCUCAGCACUGACCGCUGUGUGCCCCUGCAGAGGUGCGGCUGCGACGUGAACGGGCACUACUAUGCUGUCGGGGAGUCCUUCUGGGCAGCAGCAGACUGCACUGUGGAAUGCCACUGCGAGGAGGGUGGUGAGGCCAGGUGCUUCAACACCACCUGCCCCGAAGGAGAGGUCUGUGCCAUUGAGAACGGCUACCGGGGCUGCUACCCUAAGCGGGAAACUCUGUGUUUGGUGGGGCAGAACCAAGUGCUGCAGACUUUUGAUGGCGUUGCCUUCCCCUAUCCCCUGGAGCACUCCUACACGCUGCUGAAAACCUGCCCGGACAAACCAGACUUCAUCGAGGUGGACAUCAGCCAAAAGAAGCUCGGCUCUGCUCCCAACGGGCCACGUGUCGUACGGAUCCAGGCGGCUGGCCAAGAGGUGAAGAUUGGAGGCACCAGCCUCUUGGAGGUCAAGGUGAAUGGCUAUGACGUGGAGCUGCCCUAUUUCCACCCUUCUGGCCGCCUGGACAUCUACCGUAGCGACAACGGCACCGUGCUGGAGUCCGAGGGGCUCCUGGCUAUGGGCUACUAUGACUCAGGCCUCCUGGAGAUCCGCCUCUCCACCGCCUACUUCAACUGCACCGGGGGCCUCUGUGGCUUCUUCAAUGGCAAUGCCAGCGAUGAGUUUUGCCCGCCCAAGGGCAAGUGCACAGACAACCUGGAGCUCUUCCUGGAGAGCUGGACCACAUUCGAUGAGAUCUGCAACGGGGAGUGUGGAGACCUCCUCAAGGCUUGUAACAACGACUCGGAGCUGCUCAAGACCUACAGGAGCCGCUCCAACUGUGGCAUCAUCAACGACCCCACCAACAGCUCCUUCCUGGAGUGCCACAGCGUGGUCAACGUCUCAGCCUACUACAGGACUUGCCUCUUCCGCCUGUGCCAGAGCGGGGGGAACCAGUCCGAGCUGUGUGACUCGGUGGCACGCUACGCCAGCGCCUGCAAGAACGCCGAGGUGGACAUUGGCCAGUGGAGGAGCCACAGCUUUUGCCCUCUCUCCUGCCCAGAGAACAGCCAUUUUGAGGAGUGCAUGAGCUGCGUGGAGACCUGCGAGACCCUGGCGACAGGCCCUGUGUGCGCAGACACUUGUGCGGAGGGCUGCCAGUGCGAUGAGGGCUUUGCCCUCCGUGGCACCCGCUGCAUCCCCCGCGGUGAGUGCGGCUGCAACUUUGAGGGGCGCCAGCUGGCCACCAACCAGACCUUCUGGAUGGACAUCUCCUGCCACUUCCUCUGCUACUGCAACGGCUCUGACAACAGCGUCUACUGUGAGAAUGUGUCCUGCAAGGACGACGAGUACUGCCUGGAGGAGAACGGUCUCUACUACUGCCACGUCCGCACUGAUGCCUCCUGCAUCAUCUCUGGCUAUGGACACUACCUGACUUUCGAUGGCUACUCCUUUGACUUCCAGAGCAGCUGCGCAUUGGUCCUGUGCACCACAAUCACCAGGCCCAUGGCAGAGCGCUCGGACACUUUCCCUGCUUUCACUGUCACAGCCAGGAACGAGGACCGGGACACCUCUCUGGCCCUCUGGGUGAAACAAGUUGAAGUGGAGGUCUUCAACUACAACAUCGUCAUCCACCGUGCCUACAAAUACACUGUGAUGGUCAAUGAUGAACGUCUUUACCUGCCCCUGAAGCUGGGCCAGGGCAAAGUGAACAUCUUUGCCUUUGGCUUUCACAUCGUGGUUGAGACUGACUUUGGGCUGAAGGUGGUGUAUGACUGGAAGACCUUCCUCUCUGUCACCGUCCCGCGCAGCUUCCAGAACCUCACCUAUGGACUCUGUGGCCGCUACAAUGGCAACCCUGAGGACGACCUGGUGGCAAUGGGGGGUGUGCUGGCCUCCAGCGUCGCCGAAUUCGUCCACAGCUGGGCAAAGCGGGACGCGUUCUGCCGCGUGGGCUGCGGCGACCGCUGCCCUGCCUGUGGCAAAGUGGAAGGCUUCUGGAAACCCCAGCAGCUCUGCAGCCUCAUCCCGAGCCAAAGUGGUGUUUUUGCCAAAUGCCACAGCAAGAUCAGCCCCGGCUUCUUCUACAAGAACUGCCUCUUUGACACCUGCGUCGAUGGGGGAGCCAUGCAGACGGCCUGCAGCUGGCUGCAAAACUAUGCCAGCACGUGCCAAACGCAGGGCAUUGCUAUUACUGGCUGGAGAAACUUCACCUCAUGCUCCAUCAGCUGUCCUCCCAACAGCCACUACGAGAGCUGCGUGUCCCUGUGCCAGCCCCGAUGUGCUGCUAUCCGGCUGAAGAGCGACUGCAGCCACUACUGCGUGGAGGGAUGCCAGUGUGACCCUGGGUAUGUCCUCAACGGCAAGAGCUGCAUCCUUCCCCACAACUGUGGCUGCUACUCCGAUGGCAAAUACUAUGAGCCCAAGCAGCUCUUCUGGAACGGGGACUGCACCCGCCGGUGCCGCUGCUUCCGGCGCAACCUCAUCCAGUGCGACCCGCGGCACUGCAAGUCGGAUGAGGAGUGUGCCCUGCGCAACGGCGUCCGCGGCUGCUUCAGCACCAGGAGCUCCUUCUGCCUGGCAGCUGGCGGUGGUGUCUUCCGCACCUUCGAUGGGGCCUUCCUCCGCUUCCCCGCCAACUGCGCCUUCGUCCUCUCCACCAUCUGCCAGAAGCUGCCAGACUUCUCCUUCCAGCUCAUCAUCAACUUUGACAAGUGGUCCUCACCCAACCUCACCAUCAUCUCCCCUGUGUACUUCUACAUCAACGAAGAGCAGAUCCUCAUCAGCGACAGGAACACUGUCAAGGUGAAUGGCAGCCACGUGAGCAUCCCCUUUGUCACGGGGCUUGCCACAAAGAUCUUCAGCCAGGAGGGCUUCCUGGUCAUCGACUCCAGCCCUGACAUCCAGAUCCGCUACAACGGCUUCAACAUCAUCAAAAUCACCCUCGGGGAGCGGCUGCAGAACAAAGUCUGUGGCCUCUGUGGCAACUUCAACGGUGACAGGACAGACGACUACGCAACGCUGCGGGGCAAGCCUGCGGUCAGCAGCGUGGUGCUGGCACAGAGCUGGAAGACCAACGGCAUGCAGAAGAGCUGCAACGAGCUGCAGUACUCACAGUAUGCUGCCUCCUGCGACAACGUCCAGAUCCAGGAGCUGCAGAGUGACAGCUACUGUCUGAAGCUGACGGACAUGAAAGGCUUCUUCCAGCCCUGCUAUGGCCUCCUGGACCCCCUGCCCUUUUAUGAAUCCUGCUUUCUGGAUGGCUGCUACAACCACAAGAAGAUCCAACUGUGCGGCUCACUGGCCGCCUAUGGCGAGGCCUGCCGCACCUUUGGCAUCCUGGGCACAGAGUGGAUCGAGAAGGAGAAUUGCUCAGGAGUGGUGGAAGAUCCCUGCGUGGGCGCUGACUGCCCCAACCGCAGCUGCGAGCUGGACAACGGCGGGGAGCUGUGCGGCUGCAUCGAGCCCCCGCCCUAUGGGAACACCACCCAUGACAUCAUUGAUGCGGAGGUGACCUGCAAAGCUGCCCAAAUGGAGGUGUCCAUUUCGAAGUGCAAGCUGUUCCAGCUGGGCUUUGAGCGUGAGGGGGUGCGGGUCAACGACCGCCACUGCCCUGGCAUCGAAGGGGAGGACUUCAUCUCCUUCCAAAUCAACAACACCAAAGGCAACUGUGGCAACUUGGUGCAGUCGAACAGCACACACAUCGUCUACAAGAACACGGUGUGGAUCGAGAGUGCCAACAACACCGGCAACAUCAUCACGCGGGACCGCACCAUCAACGUGGAGUUCUCCUGUGCCUACGAGCUGGACAUCAAGAUCUCCCUGGACUCGGUCGUGCGGCCAAUGCUCAGCGUGAUUAACCUGACAGUGCCAACUCAGGAAGGGAGCUUCACGACCAAGAUGGCUCUGUACAAGAACUCAUCCUACAAGCACCCCUACCGCCAGGGCGAGGUGGUGCUCACCACCCGGGACGUGCUCUACGUGGGGGUCUUUGUCGUUGGGGCUGAUUCCAACCACUUGAUCUUGAUGCUGAACAAAUGCUACGCGACCCCCUCAAGGGACAGCAAUGACAAACUGCGCUACUUCAUCAUUGAGGGAGGGUGCCAAAACAUGAAGGACAACACUAUUGGCAUAGAGGAGAACGGGGUGUCAUUAACGUGUCGCUUCCACGUCACCGUCUUCAAGUUCAUCGGGGACUACGACGAGGUUCACCUCCACUGCGCUGUCUCGCUCUGCGACUCGGAGAAGUACUCCUGCAAAAUAAACUGCCCUCAGCACACGAGGAUGGCUGGUGCAUUUGCUGAGGAAGCCAAGGAGCAGAUCCUCUCGGUGGGGCCUAUCAGGAGGAAACGAUCAGACUGGUGUGAGGAUAAUGGAGGCUGUGAGCAGAUCUGCACCAGCCAGGUGGACGGACCCUUGUGCAGCUGCGUGACAGGGACGCUGCAAGGAGAUGGCAAGAGCUGCAGGGCCUCCAGCUCUUCAAGGGAGCACCGUGCCCAUACGACCCUUUUGGUGGCAGCCCAGCUGUGGCUGGGCACAGCUCUGCGGGACCUGACCUCGUAGGCACGGCUCUGCUGCCCAGCCAAGUACUGUUCUCAUGUCAGCCUAAGUCUUUGUAGGGUAGGAGAUGGCACCCCCACAGUGCCCAAGCUGCCACCAGAUUGUCCUGCUGCAUGGAGGCACGAGAGGGACUUGACCUGGAGAGAGAUUGGAUGUGGAUCCAGAUGUGAACAUGGCACAUGGCAGAUGCCGUGGCACUGACAGCAGGGCAAAGCUAGAGAUUUGUUGGCAUUAAUGUGGGGCUUGGGGUGGUUUUUUUUGCAGGUUUCUGGCAUUGAUGUGGGACUCAGGGGAGGGGUUUUGCAGGUUUCCAUCACUGAUGUGAGACUCGGGAGGGUUUUUGGUAGCUUUUUCCAAGGCUUUCCCCUGUAGCACACUGAGGGCAGCUCACAGCCCUGCUGGUAGUGUGGGACAGGCAGGAGCAUGCACUGUCUCCUCACAUGGAUAGCUGUGGGCCUCUGUGGUCCUCAGGAGCUGCUGUCAGUGUCUUGUGAGUGCAUGGGCUCAGCUUGGAGGUAGGUGUUGUGACACAGGCUGGAGCAGCACAUUGUCAUUGUGUGGUGUGGUGGCACCUCGGGAAUAUGUUGCCCUCUCCGUCUCUGGAGCAGAGGUGGUGCUGGGGCAUGUGGCCAGGAGCCAAGUUCAUCCCUGGAUGUCUGGGAGGCCUGAUGGCAUGCAGUGAUCCCGGUGUUUGGAAAGAAGUGCUUUCAGCUGGGCAGGAGUGAGAGCCAGAAAAAUGAAGGAUGAAAUUCCCACCCAUGUUUCUAUAAUAUGCCCUGGCAGAGUUUUUCUGGGGGGAUUAGAAGAGUGUUGGGGUCUGCAGGUGUGGGGCAGCAUCAGGGCACCUGCUGGGAGUUGAGAAUGGCUUUGGAGUGCAGGUGGGUGUGGGGGGUGCUGUCUGUGUUGGUGUCCUGUCUUGUGUUUGUGAAAUGGCUGUGUGGGAAUAAAAUGUGUUGUAUUCCUUCUUCGUAA